AUGACCUUCCCAGCUGAGCUUGAAGGUUCUUUGCCCGGUAAACGCUUUCUCGUCAACUAUAAAGGGGAGUUCUCAAGCUUUGAUGAUUCCUUUUCGGCCUUCUGGUUUGUUAUCCUAACACUGGCGACUGCGGGUUAUGGUGACUUGGAGCCUGUGACGAGUUCGGGGAAGCUUGUAGCUGUCGUGGCUAUGAUCUUCGGUGCCUGUUAUACUGUCAUGCCACUUACAUUGGUCGGAUCUCAGUUCAACAAAAGUUACUUGGAAUACAAGCGACGUGAGGCACUUUUGAGGACCAAACAGGAGGUUUGAAAGCCUUAUGUCGUUAAACGAGGCGAGAGCGGUGGGAAACCUUUGCGCGCAAUGAAUCGUUUAAUCGAAUGCUGCAAUUACUGCGUGAUCGACUCGAGCAAGCUUGCAAGUUUGUAUCCGUAAAGCUGAAAUCCAUUGCCUAGCAACGCGAAAAACAAGCGAAAGAAAGGUGUGCAUGUUCAUAUAAAAUAAUGGUAGCCACUACAGCUAGACGCGGA